AUGCCUUUCACUGCUUCUGACAUCUGCAAGAUCAUCCUUGCCAUCAUCCUGCCUCCUCUGGGUGUCUUCCUGGAGCGCGGAUGUGGUGCUGACCUGCUGAUCAACAUCUGUUUGACCAUUCUGGGUUACAUUCCUGGUAUCAUUCACGCUCUAUACAUCAUUCUCAAGUACUAG